CGAGACCCCACUUCAUAUCAAACGCGCUUUUCCGUCAAAAAGGCGUCGGGAUUUCUCUUUCUCUCUGAGUUCCACGGUCGUCGACGUCAACGCCUUUGGUGUCCCUUCGGGGAUAUCCAAACGACAGAAAAGGUCUCCGACGCUUUUUCUUCUCUAAACAGAUUGGAGACCUUAUUCAUCUUAUUUAUCAACCCCAACUUCUUCGAUAACUCCGAGAAGUUAGAGAAAAAUCCAUCAUUUUUAAUCAUCGAUAAUGGGGUGCCGCAGUAGCAAGUCCGCUGAUGCUGGCACAAUUUCGCGAUGGCGGUCCACUGGAAUCGUUGCUUUACGCGACUCCAAAUUGAAGACAUUUCCUGAUGAAGUUUUUGACCUGGAAAGAUCUGUACGUACCCUCGACUUAACACACAAUAAAAUGGUUGAAAUUCCUAUGGAGAUCAACAAAUUAACCAACUUACAACGUCUUAUUUUAGCUGAUAACAUUAUUGAGCGCCUUCCCAUGAAUCUGGGAUUACUCCAGUCUUUGAAAGUGGCAACAUUUGAUGGGAAUCGAAUCAGAAAUUUGCCUGAUGAAUUGGGGCAGUUGGUGAAACUUGAGCGUCUGUCUGUCUCAGCAAAUCUGUUGACCAGCUUGCCUGACACAAUCGGGAGCUUGCGGAGUUUGGUUUUGUUGAAUGUUUCAAACAACAAGUUAAAGGUUCUUCCUGAAUCAAUUGGAAGUUGCUGCUCAUUGGAAGAACUGCAAGCAAAUGAUAACUCCAUUGAAGAGCUUCCUGGUUCAGUUUGCAAUCUCAUUCAGCUAAAAUCACUCUGUUUGAACAAUAAUAAUCUCAAUCAGAUGCCUUCAAAUUUAUUAAGAGAAUGCAAGGGCUUGCAGAACAUAGCCCUACAUGGCAAUCCCAUCACUAUGGACCAAUUUCAACAAAUGGAAGGAUUCCAAGAAUUUGAAACCAGGCGUAAAAUGAAGUUCGACAAACAAAUUGAUUCAAAUGUGAUAAUUAGUUCUAAAGGGCUUGAUGAGGGUGUUGAUCUGUGACACCAAUACUGCUGUAAUUUUUUUGGGGUGGAAAUGUAAGGCAUUGAAAUUGUUUGACUUCAAUGAACAGUUAUAGCUGCUGACUGCGAAGAAUUUGCUCAGGCCUUUCUACAGUUCUUCAUGGAAUUGUUAACUUCGACAACUGGGCAAUGCAUCUAUGAUGUGUUGGAAUAAUUGUACAUGGUCUGUAUAUCAAGUGUUCCAAUCACUUGUUUCUUUUUCUUUUUGUAAAAGCUAUGUAUAUAUUUACUU